AUGUGGCUCCUCUUGCUGCUCGCGCCAUCAGCGCGCGCACUCCACGCCGUCAACGUCGAGGUGCGGCGCAGCCUCAGCGUCCCGCCCGCCGCGGCGAGCGCCGCCUGGCUCGACUACACCUGGUCCGGCGGCGGCGGCCUGCCGGGCCUGCUGCUCCGCGAGCCGUCGGACGCCGCCGUGCCGCGCGAGCGGCUCAUCCUGCCGCUCGGUCUGCGCGAGACGCUCGACGAAGCCGCCGGGACGACGCUCCGCUACCGCGUGACCGGCGCGGGCCUCGCGCGCGACGUCGUCGACGGCUCGCACCGCGGCGUCGUGGCCUUCGAGGAAACGGACGACGGCUGCGAGAUGGUGUGGACGGCCGACUACGAGGUGUCCGCGCGGCGGACGUUCUGGCAAAAGGCGACGGAGGUCCUCGUCGGCGCCGCGGGCGACAACCUGCAGCGCUACGUCGCCGCGCCGAGCCGGCCGCGCUGGUUCGACCCGCUCGACGAGUUCGGCCUCGGUUCGUCCGUCGACCGGAGCAAACCGCUGCUCCUCGUGCUCCCGGGCCUCGACGGCUCCGCGGUGACCGCGUGGACGCAGUACCCGGAGCUCGCGACGGGCUACGAGGGCGCGGACCGAGACGUCUACGUGCUCGGCGAGAGCAUCGGCGCGGGCGUCGCGCUCGCGGCCGGGAAACAGUCCAAGGCCGUCGACGGCCUCGUCCUGGUGUCGCCGGCGACGUCCUGGGCCGACGCGCCCCUCGGCGGCGCGCGGGAGGCGCUGCUGAACGCGCCGGACCUCGUUUUGAUGGCCGUCGUCGCGAUCAGCGCGUACCAGCUCCUCGACUCCGACCAGCUCGCGACGACGGUCCGGCGCGUCGCGACGGGCGAGCGGUCGCCGCUGCUCGCGGGCGAGGCCCGGGAGGCCUACGCGUGGCGCGUCGUGCGCGAGCUGCCCGCGCGGCUCGCGCUCGAGCGCGGGCGGCGUUGGUGCUGUUCGCGGGCUGCUCGAAGAGCGACGCGCUCGUGA